AUGGAAGCCAUGAUAGCAACAUGGAACAAUCAUAUCGGACAAUCAUCAUCUUUGCCGGUGAGUUUUGGCAGGUUGUCCGGAUCAGAGGAAGAAAGGCCGCCGCCGCCGUUUACUACUACCGAAUCGGCUUCUUCGGUAUACCUGUAUAUGAGGUUCACUCGCAGCACAUGGGAUGCCAUGGGGAUGAACAUGGUUUCUAAAGGUGUCCAGAAUGUCAUAGACUUCCUCAACAACGAGUUUCCUGACAUGGACGUUAUCGAAAUCUCAAACAACUACUGUUCGGACAAGAAAUCUGCUGCGGUGAACUGGAUUGAAGGGAGGGGAAAAUCGGUUAUGUGCGAGGCCAUCAUCAAGGAGGAGAUUGUGAAGAAGGUGUUCAAGACUGAUGUUGCUUCAUUGGUGGAGCUGAACAUGCUCAAAACCUGACGGGUUCGGCCAUGGCAGGAGCUCUGGGUGGUGUGGUGACGAUGGGUAGGCUGAUUUUG